AUAAGUGCAAGCACUCUCAGAGCUCAUGUGCCAGUAUAAAAACUCCCUACUGGGAUAUGGCUUGUGCAUUCUGGGAUUGUAGUUUGUCAAGUAUUUGUGCUUUGUGACUUACAAGGAUGGCGGUGUCGGUGAAAUUCAUCUGCCUGCUAGGACUGCUUGUAGUUAUACUCAACAUUGCUGGCCUUGAUGCAGCUGGAGAAUGCGGAAAGUCAUCUCCAGAUGAUGAGGCAAUGAUGCUAGCUCCUUGUGCAAUGGCAGCGCAAGACGAGAAAGCUCCGGUUUCAGACAGUUGCUGUGCCGAGGUGAAGAAAAUUGGCCAGAACCCAAGCUGUCUCUGUGCUGUCUUGCUUUCUAACACUGCCAAGGCAUCAGGAAUUAAGCCCCAGAUAGCCAUUACCAUCCCCAAGCGCUGCAACAUUGAAAAUCGUCCUGUGGGUUUCAAGUGUGGACCUUACACACUUCCUUGAUGAGAUAACUAGUCGGCCAUGGAAUCGGAUGGUGAGAGUACUUAAAUGCUGGAAGCAACUCCGUUGCUUCAUCUUGUAGCAAUAAAGGCUUAAAGAUUGUAAUUCGCCAUCAUCUGAAUAAUAAAGUAUAUUAUCCAUAUUAUCCAUCUUA